AGUGUGCGGAGGAAGGUAGUGCACUCCAGGGAGCUGCACUGAGAUCUUUGAGACGCGGACGCAGGCGGCAGCAGCGAGAGCAUCAGCAUCAAACACAGACCCGCUGUACGGGGCUCGGCAGCCUCCCUCCGUCCCUGUCUCUCCGUGCCCAGCCAUGAAACAGAUGUUACUGGACCUCAUGAGGAUGAGUAGGAUCUGCCGGAUGGUGCUGGCCACUUGUUUAGGAUCUUUUAUUCUGGUCAUCUUCUAUUUCCAAAGUAUGUUCCAACCAGUUAUGAGGCGGAACCCAUUCGCGGCGGAGGGCUGCUGUCGGAAAGGCUCCAGAAACGCCCUACAGGAGCUGUACAAUCCCACACAGGCUGAGUUUUCUGUGGCGGCAGUGUUGCAUCAGGCCCGGCGGGAUAAGGUGGCGGACACAUGUCGUGCCUAUAGCGCGUCUAGCCGCAAGCGACGUGUCCUGACCCCCAGCGACCUCAAGCACCUUGUGGUGGACGAGGAGCAUGAGCUCAUCUACUGCUACGUCCCCAAGGUGGCCUGCACCAACUGGAAGCGGGUCAUGAUGGUGCUGAGCGGCCGGGGCAAGUACAGCGACCCCAUGGAGAUCCCGUCCAAUGAGGCCCACGUGCCCUCCAACCUCAAAACCCUCAACCAGUACAGCAUUCCCGACAUCAACCACCGGCUCAAGAGCUAUCUCAAGUUUCUCUUCGUGCGCGAGCCCUUCGAGCGGUUGGUGUCAGCCUACCGUAACAAAUUCACGCUCCGAUACAACACCUCAUUUCACAAACGCUAUGGGACGAAGAUUGUGAGGCGGUACCGCAAGAAUGCAACAACUGAGGCGCUGCAGAGCGGCGCCGACGUGAAGUUCCAAGAGUUUGCUGAGUACCUGGUGGAUCCGGGCACUCAGAGAGAAGCUCCGCUCAACGAACACUGGCAGACCGUCUACUCACUCUGCCACCCCUGCCACAUCCACUACGAUUUAGUGGGCAAGUAUGAGACUCUGGAGGAGGACGCCAACUAUGUGCUCAAACUGGCAGGGGUGGGUGACUCCUUGCGCUUCCCGUCGUUUGCCAAAUCCACCCGUACCACCGACCAAAUGGCAGCCAUGUUUUUCAACAACAUCAGCUCCCAGCAGCAAGGCCAGCUGUACCAGCUUUACAAACUGGACUUUCUUAUGUUCAACUACUCCAUUCCCAGCUACCUAAAACUGCAGUAAACACACAUACGCAGUUGCGCACACGUUCCGAGCUUGUUCAACAAGGUUGAGCAAUGGGAGAAGGACCGUAACUGAAAGACACAGGCAGGGAAAUCAACCGAGCACUCAAUUGUAAAAUUGUAUUUAUAUCCGCAGGGACGGUUGCUUUAUUUCGAGACGACUAAGGAGUUAUCGUCAACUGUAAAUGCGGACCACUUUGAAAGUCUUUUGAGACUGAAGUCUGAUGUUUUUGUCCAUUGAAUUGUACAUUUCCAGUGUAAAGGCCCCUGUUCCCAAACAUCAAAAGCAAUAUGACAGAUUCUUAGCUAUACCUGCUCAAGUGGUUUAUCUAUUAAUAUACUGCCGCCGCCAUAAUUGAAGCUUCACAGAAAGGAGCACCUAGACUAAUAAUAAGACUCGACAUACAAUCAGAUUGUUCUGACUUCAACCCCCCACUUUUAAUUUCGUGUUCCCAUUGAAAGUGCCCUCACUUCUCCCAUACUCAGAUGGCCUUUGUGUGUGUAUGUGUAUUUAUACAGUGCAUAUUUAAAGGUGCACACUAACAAAGAAGACAAAAAAGAGGCAUUGAAUCGUGCCUUCCUGAAGGGGGCGUGUACAAAUGUGAGUGACAGGCAGGGGCUCCGCCCACUGGGUCAGUCAGGGAGCAUCUGUAGCAGUCGAGGGGUCAGAGGUCACUGCGGGUUGGCCUCAAGCACACUGUUCCCACAACCCCUCCUCCCUCAGUUGGUCUUCAGUAAGGAUUUUUAAAGCAGGAAUUUGUUUUAUUUUGUAUUUGUUUAUAAUGGAAAAAGUUGCUGCGAGCAGCACUCUAAUAAUGCCAUUUGAAUUACUGUGUGAAAUAGAGAUGAGAAAGACUUAAUUUUUUUUUCCAGGAAAGGAAAUCCGCUUAGAGCUAGAGACUUUCUGAGGUUUAAUUGUCAUAAUUCGUUCAUAUUUCUUCUUGCAUCAUUUGCAGAACACUGUUGUUGGGAUACUAUGCUGGUUAUUUUGUGACGGGUGUACAGAAACAGGCAGGACUUUGUUUUCUGAGCUGUUCUCAUGGGAAAGUUUCACACAGUGGUGUAUGUUUGAGAGCGAGAGAGAGAGAAAAUGCAGGCAAAUCUGUUACAUCCAUUAGAUGAUUUAAACGUCUUUCCCAAUUUGAGUUCAAAUGAACACCCUUUAAUUUAGUAAGCUGUCUUUUAUGAUCCUAAUCUGCUUUGACGGUGCACAAAAAUGAUAAAAAAUUGCUUAUUUAUGUGCACAAUUGGCCACAAGCAGGUGUGUCCGAGUGCUUUAUCUCAUUGUCUUUGUCAGUAGCUUGUCUUGACUCUGGCUUAAGGCUUAUGUUAGCUGCCUCUCUCCCAUAUCUCUCUGCUUUUUAGGAAAAGUCCUGGGUUUAUUUGGCCUGAAUAAGUGAGUGCUGAUUAGCAGAAUUUUAAAUUCUGUAGACCAGGGUCUUUAAUGAAGACCACACACACUCGUACACACUUGUGGCAGCACCCUAUGCAGAGGGUAAAACUUGGCAAAAAAGCAAAAGAGAAGAAAAAAAAAACUUUUAAAACCAAGUCACGUUAUCAACCUCUCUUUCUUUGUUUACUCUUUUUCUACUGCUACUCCUUUAAUACAUCAUAUCCUACAAAAAAAAAAAAAAAAAAAAAAUUGAAAAAAAGUUUAAAAAAAACCCUAAAAUUCCCAUGCAGAUUCCUAAUCUUGGAAAACCAGUAAAACCAUAUGGAAGCCAUAAUUACAAAACUCAUUUCUUUUAACCGAGUUGUCAUUUAGUAGCCUAAUUAUGGUAACUGACUGGCUGGUUAGGACAACAACUCAGAUUUACAUGCAAGAGAUUGCAGUAGAUAAAAUUAGCAUGUUAUCUUUCACAAAGACACAUAAAACCUUUAUCUAGUUGUUAUUAGAUUGCCUGCUGAAAUCUCUCCUCUCCUCUUCACCAGAACAGGAAAUGAAUCUGAAGUGAAAUGAAUCACUUCAUUUUGAAUCAUCAGCUCAGAAAACAAAGCCUGGAUGCUUUCUCGGUUUAUAAACUGUUUAUUUCAUUUGUUCUGCAACAACAAACACGGUACAUCCUCAUUAGCACCCUCACGACAGCCACGCUAAUACACGCAUUAGCGCCCACAUUAGCAGGCACAGUGCCUUUCAAACUGUCACUCCAUCACAUGUAGUACAGCUCACUCACGUUGCAUGCAGCAGUUUUCAUUUUUAGAAAUACAAAACAUGAUUUGCUUUAUUUACGAUUCAUGUUUCCAGCUGAGCACUUCCCCAGAUGGAGGUUUUAUCAUAUUUAGCUAACCUUACACACUCUAGUACAGAACGGCUAGGCUCACCUUCCACACAGAUGCUCACAUGGCUUACCUGUUUCUCUAUGUGCCUGUUUAAUAAUCAGUGUCUACAUUGGUUCAAUGCUGCCGUAGCUAUUUGUUUCAGUGAGCGCCCGCUCGCUUUCUUGAGCUCACAAACAUUCUUGAACUAUCGGCAGUUUAAUUUAUUUAUUUAUUCCUUCUCUGUAUUCAGGAUGGACUCUGCCGGGUCAUUGGGUCGGACCCUCGCACUGUAAAUGGGAAAAAUACAAACCAAGUGAACUGUCGGAUCAAUGCGCUCGCUGGAGAACGCGCUCACACACACUCUCUCUAUCUCUCUCUCCUCCGUUUUCUCAAUAAAGCUGAAACUGAAACCCUC